AUGAGAACACAGUGCAAACUCCAGCCCCGUCUCGGCCUCUUGCUAACCCUCGUGGUUCUCACCCUCCACGUUGCAGCGACAGCGGCUGGGGAACAACAAGUCUUGAAUGACAGCCCCCACGCCGGGCUCCGCCUCCGCAACGCGACCAUCAACGAUGCAGCUGCUAUAGCUAACGUCACCAUUGCCGCGUUCUUCGACUUGCCAAAUUGGGAUUACCUGUACCAGUUUCGCCGCGAGUACCCGAGGGAACACCAGCGCUGCAUGACACAGUUCACCAACAGGAUUCUGGCGCAUCCCGCUGGGCGAGGUGAAGUUGUUGAGAUUGAGGCUGGAGCAGAUGGCGAGAGGGUGGUGAUAGCAAGUGCGCUGUGGCUGCAGCUGCAGCUGCAAUGUGCCCUGGCAGAGGCGGGAGGGGAGGAGCCGAUUCCUGUGGGUGCGUUGAGUGAAGAGAUGGCAAAUUGCACACACAGAGAUUUGAACCUCACCCGCGCCGUCGCUUGGGACCACCAAUGGAACGCUCUUGCGAGGAAGAAUCUCGCUCCCUUCGGCGGAAACCAGCUCUACCUCGAGCUGCUGGGUACGCAUCCCGCGUACCAGGGGCGCGGGGCUGGGUCAAUCCUUGUCAAAUCGGGGCUGGAGCGUGCCAGGAAGGAGAUGGAGGAGGGUGAAUUGGAUGUGAAUGUCACGCUGAUUGCGCAGCCGACAGCGGAGACGUUUUAUAUGGGCAUGGGGUUCAAGGAGAUGCGGAACAUGACGAUGGAGGGAGUCGAUGGGGAGAGCUUCGUGUUCAAUGUCAUGGCGUACGACAUGCAGUCGGAAGAUUGA